AUGACCGGAAUCGAAGAUAUAUCCGACGAUAGUGUUGCGCCGCUGCCGGUAAACGGAAGCAGUCGCGAUCGGAUUGAUGAGUCCACUCCUCUUCUUAGCGACCAGAAUAAGAAUAUCUUCCCAGCUGAAGAAGCACCAUCAAUUCACAAUGACGAGGAACAAGUUGUCAUCGUCGAAGAAGUGAAGGGGGUAAAACUAUGGCUCAUUCUUUGUGCCGGGUGGCUGGGAGUGUUCCUUGGCGCCAUCGAUUCCACCAUCAUCGCCACGCUAUCCGCCCCCAUAUCCAGCGAGUUUCACUCCUUAAGCCUGUUGUCGUGGCUUGCGAGUGCUUACCUAAUCUCGAACGCGGCGUGUCAACCCAUAUCCGGAAGACUGACGGAUAUCUUCGGCCGAGGCCCCGGCCUCGUGUUUAGUAAUAUCUUCUUCGCUGCUGGAAACCUCAUCUGCGGCUUGGCACAGGACGCCAAUGUUAUGAUACUUGGAAGAGUCGUCGCUGGUAUCGGGGGUGGUGGCUUGAUGUCGAUCACUACCUUCCUUGGCACAGACCUUGUUCCUCUCAGAAAUCGAGGCGUCAUCCAAGGAAUAGGGAACAUAUGCUACGGAUCCGGAGCGAUGCUGGGCGGCGUGUUCGGGGGUCUAGUUAACGACGGCUCGUCCUGGGGGUGGCGCCUAGCCUUCUUGAUCCAGGUCCCUCCAAUUUUGAUUUCGGCUGGUCUAGUCGCCUAUCUUGUCCGGUUGCCACCAAAGGUAUCAGAGAAAUCAUACCUAGCUCGGAUCGACUUCGUGGGUGCCUUCUCGCUCAUAGUCUUCCUUGUUCUGCUCUUACUUGGGUUGAACGCCGGAGGUAACCUGGUGCCCUGGACUCACCCCUUACCAUUGACAACCUUGCCACUGUCUCUUGUGGCAUUCGUUGCUUUCGUCGUCUGGGAAUCCCGCGCCAAGCAGCCUGUUAUCCCGGUCCGCCUCCUCUUAGACAGAACCGUUUUUACAGCCUGCAUGACGAAUCUAGCAUUAUGUAUGGUAAACAUGAUAGCGCUAUUCUACGCUCCCGUCUACAUGCAGUUGGCCUUGGGCAUCUUGGCUGUAUCGCUGCAGCUCGCUUCUGCCGUCAUCUUCACGACUCUCAAUGAGGACUCUCCAGAUUGGCCCCUGAUGAUCGCAUUUCUGCUUCUCGGCGCUGGCUACGGUUCCAUGCUUAAUAUCACGCUACUAGCUUGUCUAGCAGCUGUGGACCACUCGCACCAAGCUACAGUCACAUCGGCAACGUACGCGUUCCGAUCGGUUGGCGGGACGGUCGGUAUUACUAUAGCGUCGGCUAUCUACCAGAAUGUGCUGAAGAACCAGCUAUGGGAACGGUUCGGCAAUUUACCCGGCGCCGCAGAGGAGAUCCACAGAAUUAGGGAUGACCUAGAUGAGUUGAAGCAUCUUCCGGAGGGUUGGUAUGAUGGCGUUAUCGCUUCGUUCAUGGAAGCCUUUAGGAAUGUGUGGUUCGCGAUGUUGGGGUUGGUGAUCUUAGGAUUGAUCAGCAUCUCAUUCAUGAAGCAGCACAAGCUACACUCGACUUUAUCUCGGAAUGAAAAUGAGUAA